CCCCUAACCCACUGUCUGGACAGUGCUGAUUGGCCCUGUGCUAAUCACAUGCACUCUCCCAAGAAAAAAAAAACCUAUCUAUAAUACACCAAACUAAGCAUGUGCAGAGUGUCUCCACAUGAUAUGUCUUAUCAGGAGAUAAGAGGGGGACACUGGAAGAGGGGAGGAUCAGAGAAGACAGGAUCAAACUGCCUUUUUACACAAUACAGAAGGAAUAACCCCUUAGGUUCCACAGUGAGUAUAACAAGCAUGCUAUAAAGCAUAUACAGACUGAUUGUACUGUUGUGGGUUUAUUAACACUU